CCCUUAUUCUGCAGAUCUUUAGCAGCUCUCAUAUUUGGCUCAUCUCGUUCACACUUCAGUUGCUUAGGAGACAUGGAGAGCUCAGCCAGUAAUAGAAAUAGUGCCAAUAUUAGCACCAGGAGCAGUAGCAGAGGGAGUUUACCCAAUCACUCAAGGGCUGAAACAAGAGAAACAACAUCUUCAAGUAAAAGCAGUUAUACAAUAGAGAGUAGCAGGGAAGACAAGAUGGCUAACAAGGAAUACUUAUCCCUCAAAGACUCCAUUAAAAUGUCUUCCUUGUCUCCUGAUUUCUAUGAGCAGGGACCCCAUAAGCCGAAAGUCUUGAAUCAUGUUUCUCCGAUAACUGCUCCGGAGAGAUUCUCUUCUCAUCAUCCAAUGAUACCCAAGCACUAUGUACCUCCUUGGCAGUUGGAUAUGAAGAAUCGAUAUCGCAUCUUAGAGAAUUGUCAGAAGAGCGGUGAGGUAAAGAGCUGGGGAGGACAUGUUAGUCACUUCUGGGAGAAAAGAGAGAGACUGAAUGUCACACUACAUGAUGGUCCGUAUUUACAUUUAACUGAUGAUGUCAGAAGUCCCAAGUGUCACUCAAUCUCUUCUCCAUUGUCAAAAUACAAUGCUGGACUAAUUUAUUAUUCAUAGAGUAGAGUUUAAUAAUGAAUAAAAUUAAUAAUUAAAAAUUAAUUCACUGC